GCACACAAAAAUUGAACCAUAGAGGUCCCUUCCCGUGGCCGCCACCGCAACUCGCUGAGCGAUGUCCCGAUUGGUGGAUUACGCCGUUUGGAAGGAGCACCUCGCCCGGCAGCAGCGCAUGGACCACCACAGGUUGAAAGAGGUGACGACCACUGAGAAGGAUAAGCCCUUCUCAGGGAACGCUCCCUACUUCACGCGUGGCUGGGCACAUAACUUCUACAACGACUCGUCCAAGGUGCGGAUGCUGCUGAGGCCCGAGGCCUCCGCACCAGGGACCUCCAUCGCGGAGAAGGCGGACGCCUUCCGACCCCGUGAGGGCAGCCUUUCCGCGCGGCACGAGGAGCCAUCCCGGUUGAAGCUGCCUGCAGUGCGCGGCACUUCGACGCCGCAGGCCACCCCGCGCCGAGAUCUUGGCCGGGAGUACUACUGCCCACCGCCUUAGGCGAUGAGGAUCUCUUCCCGCUCGUUUGCUGCGGAGACGCGUUUUGUUUUUUGUUGGUUCUUUUCAAAGCUGGGCGUGGCGGCUUGUCCGGCGCAGAGGAGUCGAGCCAAUGUCCGAAACUUUCUUUUGGCAGGGC